AUGCUACUAAUUAGCUUUUUGAGGCACCUUUUUCAAGGUAUCUGUAUAUUCUCUUUUGAGGCGAUGUAUACGUCAGCCUUCCGUCUUCCCGGUGGCUAUGGGCGAGUAGAGGAUACAAAUACAAGCUGCGCACAGUACAUGGCGUAUGAAGCUUAUUGUAAAACGCCCAUAUGUACGAUGAGGUGCCCACAGCAUAACAUAAGCGGGGUUCUAGAGUACCAGCCUUCCCGUAUGAAUGCGCGCCUCCAUGCGAAGUACGAUAGCGAUAUCGACCCUUCUACCAUGUUAGCACGAGAGAAGAGAAAGAUCAAGGAGAUGAUAUUGGAAGGAGAGCAUGUGAAACUUAUUGGGCAGCUUCUUAGAAAGGUCCCGCUCGAUGUAGUGUCCAAGCGAGCGGAAAGAACUCGUUUGGCACCUGCUCCAUUGCAUAAAAUCCAACCAAAGGAUGAUGAUGCAGAAACUGCAGAUUUCGAGGAAAUUGUGGACCGUUAUGCAGAGGAGAAAGAUGUUGAAGAACCAACCCACAUCAACAAGAUUCGAGCCUCCCAUUUCGUCCUUCAUAAAGGCGAUGUACACCUCGUGUUGGCAUCGCAACACAUAUCGCAGGCACGUUCAAGGGGUCAUUAUAAAGUUAAGCUGCGCAACUUGCUCAAUAAUAAAGAGCUCUCACAUUCGUUUUCUGAUGGUACGAAGUUGAGCGUAGUCACACCAAACAAGGUACCAUGUACAUACAAGGGUACAGAAAAACGAACGGGAGAUUAUGUAUUUCAGAGCGAGAAGGGUGACCUCCACCUCCCCAAAAGUUCGCAGUUACAAGCACUGAAAUACCUCAAACCCGAAUUGAAUGUGACAGUAUCAACGUGGCGGGGUCAGAUCAUUGGUUUAUUCGUUCCGCAUCAAGUGCAAUACAAAGUGAUGCACAUUAAUACUGGUAAUUAUGCAGCUACUCUGGACAAUGGCAUGGUCGUGCUGGUACCGUCAUACGUCAAGCCGGGUGACAGUAUCGAUGUUAACACAGCAAGAGGCGAGUUCCUUCGCCGUUCUAUCAUAGGUUAA